UAGGUUGGGAAACGAGAGGGGAAAAUUAUUACAUUCUCCUCCAUUUCAUUAGAGGCAGUUUCCCCCACGUUCAUUCUUCAUUUCAUUAUUCCUGAGCAGAAACGCUGGAAGAGAGGUGCAAGUAUUUGAAGGAAUUGGUGGGAACAGAAUGAAAAUUAGGUACUGUGGAUUACCUUGCUGGGAAGAUAUUAACUUGGACCUUGUGUGGACAGUAAUGACCUCACGUUUCCGAUUGCCUGCUGGCAGAACCUACAAUGUACGAGCAUCAGAGUUGGCCCGAGAUAGACUGCAUACAGAGGUGGUUUGCAACAUCCUUCUUCUGGAUAACACUGUACAGGCUUUCAAAGUUAAUAAACAUGAUCAGGGGCAGGUUCUGUUGGAGAUGGUCUUCAGGCACCUUGAUUUGACUGAGCGUGACUAUUUUGGUUUACAGCUGGCUGACGAUUGCACAGAUAACCCAAGGUGGCUGGAUCCAAACAAACCAGUAAGGAAGCAGCUAAAGAAACUGCUUUUAUUAAUUCUAGGAGGAUCUCCUUACAGUUUGAACUUUAGAGUCAAAUUUUUUGUAAGUGACCCCAACAAGUUACAAGAAGAAUAUACAAGGUACCAGUAUUUUUUGCAGAUCAAACAAGACAUUCUUACUGGAAGAUUGCCCUGUCCUUAUAACACUGCUGCUCUUUUGGCUUCAUUUGCUGUUCAGUCUGAACUUGGAGACUACAAUCAAUCAGAAAACUUGCCAGGCUACCUCUCAGAUUAUUCUUUCAUUCCUAAUCAACCUCAAGAUUUUGAAAAAGAAAUUGCAAAACUACAUCAGCAACAUACAGGCUUAUCUCCUGCAGAAGCAGAAUUUAAUUACCUGAACACAGCACGUACCUUAGAACUCUAUGGAGUUGAAUUCCACUAUGCAAGGGAUCAAAGUAACAAUGAAAUUAUGAUUGGAGUGAUGUCAGGAGGAAUUCUGAUUUAUAAGAACAGAGUACGAAUGAAUACCUUUCCAUGGUUGAAGAUUGUAAAAAUUUCUUUCAAGUGCAAACAGUUUUUUAUUCAACUGAGAAAAGAAUUGCAUGAAUCUAGAGAAACGUUAUUGGGAUUUAACAUGGUGAAUUACAGAGCAUGUAAAAACUUGUGGAAAGCAUGUGUAGAACAUCACACAUUCUUCCGUUUGGACAGACCACUUCCACCUCAAAAGAAUUUUUUUGCACAUUAUUUUACAUUAGGUUCAAAAUUCCGGUAUUGUGGGAGAACUGAAGUCCAGUCAGUUCAAUAUGGCAAAGAAAAGGCAAAUAAGGACAGGGUGUUUGCAAGAUCCCCAAGUAAGCCCUUGGCACGGAAAUUAAUGGAUUGGGAAGUAGUAAGCAGAAAUUCACUAUCUGAUGACAGGUUGGAAACACAAAGCCUUCCAUCGCGAUCCCCACCUGGCACUCCUAAUCAUCGAAAUUCUGCAUUCACCCAAGAGGGAACCAGGUUACGGCCGUCUUCAGUGGGUCAUUUGGUCGGCCACGUGGUUCACACCUGCCCAGGCGAGGCAUUCGUGAGGCAUCGGUCUCCAUCUUCCACGCAAGCCAACAGCAUUGUUUUGGAAUCAUCUCCAUCACAAGAGACCCCUGGAGAUGGGCAGCCUCCAGCUUUACCACCCAAACAAUCAAAGAAAAACAGUUGGAACCAAAUUCAUUUUUCACAUUCUCAACAAGAUCUGGAAAACCAUAUUAAUGAAACAUUUGAUGUUCCAUCUUCCUCUGAAAAAGCUACUCCUAAUGGUGGUAUUCCACAUGAUAAUCUUGUCCUAAUCAGAAUGAAACCUGAUGAAAAUGGAAGGUUUGGAUUCAAUGUAAAGGGAGGAUGUGACCAGAAGAUGCCUGUGAUCGUGUCCCGAGUUGCGCCAGGAACACCUGCCGACCUGUGUGUCCCUCGACUGAACGAAGGGGACCAAGUGGUGCUGAUCAACGGCCGGGACGUUGCGGGACACACCCACGACCAGGUGGUCCUGCUCAUCAGAGCGAGCUGCGAGGGAUGCUCUGGGGGGCUCGCUCUUGUAGUUCGACCCAACGCUGUGUAUGAUGUAGUGGAAGAAAAGCUGGAGAAUGAGCCGGACUUCCAGUACAUUCCUGAGAAAGCCCCACUAGAUAGCAUCCAUCAGGAUGACCAUUCCCUGCGGGAGUCGAUGGUCCAGCUGGCUGCGGGGCUUAUCACUGGAACAGUGCUGACACAGUUUGAUCAACUAUAUCGGAAAAAACCUGGAAUGACAAUGUCUUGUGCCAAAUUACCUCAGAACAUUUCCAAAAAUAGAUACAGAGAUAUUUCGCCUUAUGAUGCUACACGGGUCAUUUUAAAGGGUAAUGAAGACUAUAUCAAUGCAAAUUAUAUAAAUAUGGAAAUUCCUUCCUCUAGAAUAAUAAAUCAGUACAUCGCUUGCCAAGGGCCGUUGCCACACACCUGUACAGACUUCUGGCAGAUGGCAUGGGAACAAGGCUGCUCCACGGUUGUGAUGCUGACCACACAGGCCGAGCAUGGCAGAGUUAAGUGUCACCAGUAUUGGCCGGAACCCACAGGAAGUUCAUCCUAUGGGUGCUACCAAGUCACCUGCCACUCAGAAGAAGGAAACACUGCAUAUGUCUUCAGGAAGAUGACACUGUUUAACCAGGAGAAAAAUGAGAGUCGUCAACUCACUCAGAUCCAGUAUAUAGCCUGGCCCGACCAUGGGGUCCCUGACGAUUCAAGCGACUUUCUGGAUUUUGUUUGCCAUGUACGAAAUAAGAGGGCCGGCAAGGAAGAACCUAUUGUUGUUCAUUGCAGUGCUGGGAUUGGAAGAACCGGGGUUCUUAUUACCAUGGAAACAGCCAUGUGUCUCAUUGAAUGCAAUCAGCCAGUUUAUCCACUAGAUAUUGUGAGAACAAUGAGAGAUCAACGAGCCAUGAUGAUCCAAACUCCUAGUCAAUACAGAUUUGUAUGUGAAGCUAUUUUGAAAGUUUAUGAAGAAGGAUUUGUUAAACCUUUAACGACAUCAUCAAAUAAAUAAGAAAGCAAAGGUCUGGGAUAUGUGUUGGAAAACUGCUUUCCAUUAUAUUCACUGUGCCAUAAUACUGCUUGCAGGAAAUGGCAUCUAAACAGACAAAAAAAAAAAAUGAAGAACUAACAAAAACUGAAAACUUCAGCACUGUUGCACUUUAUGUUUCAAAAAAGAGUCACUCUCUCAAAAUCUGUAAUUCAUGUGUUUGAAGACUCUUUCAUGCUUUGCUCCGAACAAAUAGUGAAUAACUGAGUAUGUUCAGGGUAAUUUACGAAAUCUUGUGGUGGUGCCAUGCAGUCCCCUUCUGGUAGAAUUGCCACAAACAAGGCUCAGAAUUCUCAUCGUCUCUGUUGUACACCUGUAUCUGGAAAGCAAAAAGAAGUCAACAUCAGGAGUCUGGUGUUUCCCAGUGAUUCAUGUUCUUACUAUACUGGUUACCAGAUGUUACUUUUUAAAUGUUAGCAAUAUCAUUCUCAAUAUUAGCCAAUACACUGCCUAUGGAUGCAGCACAUCUUUCCCUACACUUCCCCCCAUAGAGACCUGCUGUUUGGAAGAAGAAAGGUGGAAUUUGCUUUUCCCAGGAAAUGCUGCACAUUGUCCAUUUACCAGCAUCUUAUAGAAAGUAUAAAUAAGAAUCUACAAAUUUUCUUGAAUUUAAUAAUGUAACUUAUAUUUAUCAUAAGGUUGGCUUAUUCCAAAUCAUGUGAUUUCACAUACUUGAUGUAAAGGAAUGCAUGCAUUGUGUCUUAACCCCUUAAGUGCCUUGAGACGUCUUUGUAUGUCUAAUGAAAAGGCACUCCUCCUUUGACCCCACUAGGAGGUAUGUAUGUAUAUUGUACAUUUACAGUUUUAUGCAUUUUGAAUCAGUUCACAUUUUUAAAAAUAGCUUCUCGUAUUGAGAGUUAUGCAGUCAAAGAAGAGUAAUGAAAUUCUAUUUCUUACUCAAUUCCUGUAUUUUGCCACAAGAAGCCAAGAUAAUUUGUGUUCUACUGAGUGAACGCUCUGCUGCUAUGGAAUUAUUCAAAACCUGCACAUUCCUUUCCUGAGGGACAGGGGUUACAGUUUAGCAGCUGAAGUUAAAAGAUGCUUUAUUCUUCAAAUUUCUUAUUUAUUUUAUCCCUAACUUUAGAAAUAGCAUCUACUAUACACAUUAAACAUAUGGAAACUCUAAACUAAAGUUAGAGCAGCUAAUUGUGACUUGUUUCUAUCACUAAGUAAAUGAUCAGCAUUCAUUUCAUUUCUUACCAAGCUUGGUUCACACUGGUCUGUUGGUUGGGAGACCACAAACGAGGGCUGAAACAUCAUUGAGUGUUUCUAAUUGUAAUCCCUCAGUAGCUGAAAUGAGGGCUUUCUUGUCAUUUUUGUGUACAAUGAAGUUGCUCCAGUUUAUAUAUACUUAUUAAGUUAUAAGCAUGUUAAUAUGGAGAGUUUUGAUUGUCCAGCCUGAUGGAGGACCUGAUUCCCUUUAAGGAUGUGUAUAUUCUCCUCUUCAGGUUUUUUAAUUUUUAAGUCCUCAGAGAGAUAGAACUUUGAAAUUGCCCAAUUUUAAUAUAAGUGGAAAUUUUCUCAGCUAUUGAAAUGUUAUAUUACACAAUUACUUUCUAUGGAUUAUGGUUAAAAUAGAUUCACUUACUAGUGGUUUCUGAAUAUUUCUGUAUAGUCUUGAUAAAAUUUACAGUUGAAUGGUAGAUAUUUUGGAAUGUCAUUUAGUAUGAGCGGGAGAAUGUACAUUUCUAAAUCUUCAGUAUAAUCUAAAUGAUGUUAUUUCAUUUAUUCAAAAUCCAUAAUAGUAAAUUUUAGGAAGUUAAGUCCUAAACAUUAAUAGCCAAGAUACCAAAUACAUUAUUGUAUUAAAAUAUUUUACCUUUUUUUAAAAGAGAAAAGUAAGCAUGACCUUUAUGUCAAAGAGAAAUUCUUGUAUCUAUUUCUGAAUUUCACAGUCAAGACAGUAUAAGAUAGUAAAUUUUUUGAACAUUCCGCUCUUUGCCAGCAGAUAGAUGUGAUUCAGGCUGCUGUACAACAUCAUGGUGAGUUGAAAAGUGAAAGAAUAAAAUAUCAGGGAUCUAAGAAUUAAUAACUGUUUUGGCAGUAGUUUUUCACCUGAAUUAAAAAGAAAACCGGGGCUUCCCUGGUGGCGCAGUGGUUGAGAAUCCGCCUGCCGAUGCAGGGGACACGGGUUCGUGCCCCGGUCCGGGAGGAUCCCACAUGCCGCGGAGCGGCUGGGCCCGUGAGCCAUGGCCGGUGAGCCUGUGCGUCCGGAGCCUGCGCUCCGCAAAGGGAGGGGCCACAACAGUGAGAGGCCCGCGUACCGCAAAAAAAAAAAAAAGAAAAAAGAAAAAAAGAAAACCUAUCCUAACUCUAUGGACAGAAUAUGACAACCAUAGAUAAAAAGAUAAAGUUAUAUAGACAUAAACAGAUAAAUGUCAUGGUUGGCAUGUUCUUUGAUUUAGGGCUCUGUUUACACUUCUGAGUAACUCUAAUAAUUUGUUGGCAGUGAGCACUUCUGCCUUUUUAAAUCAUUAAUGACAGGCUUGUGGGAUCUUAGUUCCCCGAUAAGGGAUCAAACCCUCGCCCCCUGCAGUGGAAGCGCUGAGUCCUAAUCACUGAACGGCCAGGGAAGUCCCUGCCUGAGAAUAUUUUUAAUCUGUUCAUCAAUCUAAAUAGGGUUCUAGGAAUAAUCCCAGCUUUCAUACACCAAGUAGUUCUAGAUUCCACUCAUAUCAAUGUAAUAGUGUGUAACAAAAUGCCAGAUUUCUUGUAUCUAAACUACCCUCCCCCUCCAGUGGCCAGUCCCCCCCCCCACAACACACACACACACACACACACACACACACACACACACUCUCAAGAAAUCAGUGCUGACUGUUAUUCUCACAACUGGAAAUAGGUAUUGGUGAAUCAGGGGCUUUUGUAAAUGCUAAGAAAUGUUUGUAAAAACCUUUCCUCUCUGAUUUAGGAUGGUUUUACCAGGUUCAUUUUAGGUCUUAUACUGAACAUCUGGUUUGUGUCAGCACUGUGUACAUAGGUUGAGGAAUAUUUUGGAAUAGACCGCAUUCACAAGAGGAAUACCUGGUAGUAUUUGUUAAACCAGUGCAUACAUCCAAAACCGAGGCAGAGUAAAUAGCAUAAGCAACCCUUUCCUUUGUGUGGCCUGCCCAGCACAAGUGGGGGGCGUUGACCAUGUUGGUUAAGAGUAAAGAGAAAAUUUACAGAUGAAAAACUGACUUCAAGUGUGUAAGCUAUGUUAAGACAGUUGCUUGAAGGUCUCAAGUGCUAAUAUAUACACAGAGAUGCUUUUGUGCGAUGAUGCAUGUGUUUCACAAAGGCUAAUACUAACAAACAGGGGUAAAGGACUGUGGUACCUGUAGAGUUGUUUAUAAUCUGUUGGCAGGUCUGAUCAGGUAUUGGAACAAAGGCCUCCCGUCUGCACCACAAGUACUACAACCUGAGCGCUGAAAGAAACUUGAAAGAUUUUAUCCAGUCUCACCUUCUAUUCUUAUAGGCAACGUAUGUGAAUAUCAUAAAUUCUUGUGAAGUUUAGUCUAUUUCAGUUCAAGAGUUAUACUCAGGCAGUGUUUUUACUUAAUAACUUGAUGACCUUAGAAGAUGUCAUUUAAUUUAGAGAACAAGUAGGCUUUAAAAAGCAAUCCUAAUUAGGGCCCCAACUCUGCUUGUUUAGGCUGAUAUACAUGCAGUGUGAAAACAUUCUGAAAUGCAAAUUAGAGGUCUAAUUUUUAAAAGCACUUAAAACAUAGAACUAAGAUUUAGAAUGUAUGUCCACUUAUAAUUAAAUAAUUUAUGUUCAUAAUGUGAACGUACAGUAGAAUUAAAGCAUUACUUGUUUUAUAAUCUUAUCGGGAAGGGAGAAGGAAACAAGAAUUUUUAACAAUGUUCUAUUUAAUAUCCGUGUUUUGAAUAUUUAAAGGUAUUCUGAUGGUAAGAUUGCCAAAGUAGUUUUGAAUUCAUAAAAAUUAUUUAUGCCACAAUAAUGUGGGAUAUGUUUACACCUCUUUUAUUUUGUAGUAAUUAUUUUGUAGUUUAGGUGAAUUUGCAUUUAAGUUACCUACAUUAAGGUAAAUAUUUGUUGAAACCAACAUCUUUUAAUAAGAGGAGAGAGAUAAAUUAUGCCACAUUUUUCUUGUAUGUAAGCUGCCAUAUCAACAAAGUAACUAUAUUAACACAGCUUACUUCCCACGUUUGCUUCAGCUAGCCAACCACAAUUUCUGCAACCAUUUUUUUGUUCUGGUGUUUCCUCUAAGUAAAAUACCUAUGUUUUUAAAACCCACUGGAUUAAUUUUUUCAAAUAUCAGAAUUACUGAUAUGUUGGCAAAGAUUUAUUGGGGUCUCUGUGAUCACAACACAGCUUGUAGCAACUGUUUUAUAAAGUUUUUAGAAAAUUGUAUAGCUCCAAAGGAAUUUGUAUAAUAACAAAACUUAUUUGAGGGCUAACUACGAAUAGAUAAUUUCAGCAAUUUUGUAGAGAGCCCAUGAAAUUAAUCCCUAAAUUGGGUUUAACUUACUUUACAAAAUCUGCAACUGUUUUCAACACAAUGUUUUAUUACACACAGACUUCAUUUAUUCUCAGCAGCAAUUCCUACAAUAAGCCUUUCAAUGUUAUCAAAAACAAGCCCUAUUUCAGUGAGAAAUUAGACAUUUUAUUUUUAUAAUCUGGGUGAAAUUGUUGUGGGUAGACACCAAAUAGUUAUUUGUGUUUCCAUAUCUAAAUUUGCUGCUACUUACUUGUAUGUUUUUCUACUGCAGUUUGCUGUUGAUUUCUAAAGCUUCCUAGUCACUGUUAUGUUUAGGGUAGUAAUCCAAGCUACAUGGGCAGCCAGAGGUAGAUCCACUGGGGUACCAUCCAUCAACAUGGACUAGGUAGGGUGCAGCGCAUAAAUACGUAAACCAAUUUUUUUUUUAAAUUUACAGAGUGAAAGGUAUUGGCAAUAUUGCAAGUUAAAGACUACAAUUUUAGGAGGAGGUUCUAAUGUUUAACUUCCUGAAACCUUUUAAAAUUUCCAAUACAGGAAUGAAAAUGUUUGAAAGCCUUGUAAAUGCUCGUAGAAGUUUCAAUUAAACACUGUAGAAUUUUCCUACCUAUUGUUGCAUAAGUGAUAUAGAAAAUAUUUUUCUAUGAACAAAAGAUUGAAACUGUUAACUUCUUUUGCUUCAUUGUUUUAAAAGGAAAAAAUGAUAUUUGUAUGUCUUUCAUGCUGUAAAGAAAUGAAUGUAUCUUUCAAAUGUUAUUAGAAUUAAGACUUGAUUCCAAGGAUACUCUGUUUAAAAAAAAGUUAGCAAGGGAUUGAAAAGGAAAGGAAGAGUGUUUUCCACUUCAUUAUACAAAAUGCAAUUUUAGAAGAAAAGUGUAAUUUUCUUUAUAAAUAAGAGCAAUCAUUAUUGAAGCAUAUUUCAAUAUUUCAAAUACCUUCUUUUUCACUUUGCUUUGUGUUAACUCUAGAAGAGAAAUUUUCCAAAAAAUGUGUGCAUACUGUUUUUAAGUGUAAAAUAAUUGAAUUCUAGACUUCUGGAGUGUGUAGGAGUACAUGUGUUUGGGGGUAAGCGUUCUGCUCCAUGCCUUUACCGUGAAGGAAGGUUCUCAGGCUUUGUCACUGUGCCAGCCACAAAUGAGGACAGCACUCUGAGCGUGUGACUUCGGCGAAGCCAGAAAACCGUGCCUAAGUGUCACCACAGUAAAUACGUGCAGAGGCCCUGACAAAUAAAUAGUUUGCUCUCUGUUCUCAGUAGCUUGGACAGGUAAGACCACUGAGCCCGACUCUGACGUGUAGCAGUGGUGUCUUAUAUGGUUGAGGGUUUAUGAAUUUAGCUGAACAGAAGACAGAAAAAGCCCUACAUUUUCAACCAACAGGCACGAUUUGUUCAGCAAUUUCUUUGAAAGGUAGUGUUUAUUCAUCAUCAGUCACUGAGCUCGGCUCAGUGUGGCCUGUGUUGACUCCUGCUUCCAUAUCCCCCAACUUAAAAAAAUGAUUAAUCUCCCUUACGGUAGAGUCUUUGUGAAGUAAGGGAAUCUUUUCCUUCGUUGACUUUUGUCACAGUUGUUGAAGGAUUAAUAUCAGGCCCCCUCAACCCUGAGAGUUUCCAAAAUUUAGCAAAUACUACUUCUGACAAUCUUAACUAAAAUGUCACAUUGCUACAUGAAGUUACCACCAUGAAGCCAUCAAGGAGACUCAGCCCUGCUCACGGUCUUAGACUGAAAGAGGUGCUGAUUUGUGGUUUCACUAAAUCUGCUGUAGUCCCACUUGAACCCGUUUUACCUUUUAUUGAAAGAAGCUUUUUCGUUUCUACUCCUGAACUGUAGUGUUCCAGUUUUUUGUCCUCCUGAGCAGGAAAAUUUCAACCCAAUUCUGGGAGUCUCUGGCACUCAUCUUUUCCCACCCUUCAGUUAGUUGACAAGAUUAUUCAUGCUUUCUUGUGUUCUGUAGAGUAGGUCAGAUUUCAAUGCUGAUGAAAGUGAUUUCUUGAAUUUCAAACAGCACUUUAUUUCAUGCUUACUACUGACUUAAUUUAUACAUUUAAAGGUAAAAUUUAUCCCAGGAGUUUUGUAAAUAUGGAAAAAUACAAUGGAUUAGCAUGUAGAACUCAUUGGAUUGGACCCAAGUUUAAAUGCUUUACCAUGAUCUCUUGAUCAUUUGAUAUUUAAAAGGUAACUUGUGUGAUUUUAGCUUCGCCACUUUUUUGUAAUUUAUUUAGUACAAUAAAGGCUACCCAGUUGAUAGUCUUGCUGGACUCUGAGUUCUCUCAGCUAGCUUCAGCCAAGUUUGGUUCACUAUAAUCAUUCUGCUUUGCAUUUUUGUACAUUACUUGAACACCUGGAAACCCAUCUGUUUGGUUUUGAGUUGUAUUAGGCGUUAAGUCAGUGCUUCACCACCAGUAAGUUGAAGGGGGCAAAGUCCUGACACUUCGUAGACAUGUUGAGGGGCAGGAUUUAAGAGACUAAAAGUUUACAUUAAGCUGUUUUCAUUUUCUGUCAUUAGAAUAUUUCUGCUUAGGCAAAUAAAAGCUGUCCAGCCCGCUGUUCCUGUAGCAUCAGGAAGUUGCAGUUACAAUCCAUAUGGUAAUCUUUUCAAAUGAGAAAAGCUAGUCUUUAUUUUCUACAGUGUAGGCUUAAUUUUAGGACAGAUAGUUUACUAUAUACUCAUCAAUGAUAUUUUUAAGUAGUAGUUUUAAAAAUAUUUCUAUGUAGAGGCUGUUUUAAUUUGGGAAUUUUUUUUCUUGUAACGGGUGCUAUAUGUAAAUAUGAAGGGCAAAAAGUCAUUUAGUUAAAAGUCUAGUUUAUUUCCUAAUUAAAUUAUGAUUUUACAUAUUUGCUGCCAUUUCACGUUUGAUUGUACUGAACUAAAUGGAAUUAGCCCCUUAAUUUUUUAAAUUCUUUUCUCCUGUUUCACAAAAAUAGCUCUUUCCAUAUGGUUUCCCAUAGUUAGGAGACAAAGAAGCUUAGGGUUCACUUAAAAUGUUUAAGCUUGAAUUUGGUCAACACUGGAUAAUUUGAAAUCAUCACUAUGCAUUUGUCACUGCAGCUUACUGUGUGCUUGAAAGGCCUUGUGGAUUUGUCUUAAUUUCAGUGAAAAAUUAGAAUUCCUGCAAUGAGUUUCAUGUAAAAAAAAAACUGAAUACUAACAGCAAACAGGAUAAAAAUGUUGAUUUGCAUUAAAACUGUUUUAACCCUAAGAGUAGUUUAUGUUAUAUGAAAUGCUAUUAUUAUACAUAUUUGGUUGGCCAUAAUUCAUUUUGAUUGAGAACUAGUUGUUCAGGUUCGAACGUGAAAAAACUCUAGCUGUGACUUUAAAUUGUUCAACUGCAAAAUAAAGAUGUGCUUUAGUAAUUUAAGUAUAGGAGUUUUGAAGAUUAUUUUAUGGGAGUUUUUGUUGUUGGGCUUUUCAAACAGUGGUUAGUUUUUUUCAUUAGUGGGUGAUUAUAAGAGACUAGGAGAAUGCUAAAUGCAAAAUUUAUUUCUAGAAUUACUCACACAGUGGCUGUGUUUGGGGGUGGGUGGGUCAGUCAGGAACUAAAAGGGAUUUAGAAGAUGAAAGAAUGUCUGAUGAGAAGCUCCUCCUUCACUGUGGCCACUGCUGGAUUCCUCUUCUCCCAGCCCCAGCCUCUCUACUCCGGUAUUCCUACCCUAAGACCUUAUCAGUCAAAGUAAAGGACCUCUCUUCAUGUGUCUGAAGCCCACUUGCCUCAUACCUUCCCCAAGUGCAGUUAGGUAUGCCAUUUGUCAUCUGUAAGAAAGUUUCUUGGAGAAAAUAAUAUUUAAUUUUAUAUCGAGAAAUAAAUUAAGGCAAAAGUAAAUGCCAUGCCUCUUUUCUUAUGUACAUGAUACUAAAACUUCAAACAGUAUAAGGAAGACUCAGGAGGAGUUGUGAAAGCCUCUCUCCCAUGCCCCGCCCCUAAGAAUAGUACCCCUCAAACAAAUGGCAACCUUAAAUUUCGUGUCUUCUAGGGGAAAAUGUUGCACAAGCAUUUGCGCGUACAUACACAUUUUGUUAAGGGCGAAGGGACUGUACAAUAUAUUCUGCAGCUUGCUUUUUCAUCUUGGCAGUAUUUGCAUACCAACACACUCAGAUCUACCUCAUUCUUUUGACUCACAGCGUUGACCUCCAUCAAACGGAUGGAUAUGCCGUAAUGUUAAUUUCUUGAUGGACAUUUGUUUCCAGUUUAUAUACUCUAGAAACAACGCUGCAGUGAGCAUCGUCGUGCAAAUAUUUUCACUAAUCACUGCAAGUCUACACAUAGGGUCAGUUUCUAGCAGGAGGAUUGCUAAGCAUUGGGCACCUGCAUUUUUAAAUGUGAAUAGUUGCUCUCAGAGAAGAUUAUGUCACUUUUAUGC